UGUCCAUCGGGCUUCUUCAAGCCUAUACAGGGUGAUGUAUCCUGCAUGCAGUGUCCAAUCAACAGCCGCACCACCAACGAAGGAGCCACUAACUGUGUGUGCCGCAAUGGUUACUAUCGCUCAGACUCAGAUCCCUUCCAGAUGCCCUGCACAAGUAUGUACUAUCGACCAAACGCACACACACACACACACACACACACACACACACACACACACACACACACACACACACACACACACACACAGACACACACACAAACACACUCUUUUAAUUUCACACCCUGGUCCUGAGGAACUGAGAGGAAUCAAAGAUCAAAGGACACAAGAGCCUCUCUGAGCAGAAACAGAGGAGGCCUGUCAGAGAGCAGUCCCUCACAUACACCCAGCACUGACAUGCUCAUAGAGCCCAUGCCAACAGGUCUGGCCCAACACACACAGGCCAGCUUCCCCUCCUCACAUCACUGUGCCCUGCUGCCCUCAGCCAAAGCAGAGGUUACUGGGCCAGGCCAUGCAGCAUUGUAGCGGGACAGGCAGGGAGAAUAGACUGGGCCAAGAUUCCUCUUGUCAUGCCAAUGAAGCCAUUUGAAUUAGAAUUUGUGGUUGACGGAGGGGCUAAGAAAAGAGAAAGAGAACACAGGCGGGAUAAAGAUUAAGAGGAAGACAUGAACACAGAGCGGGAGAGAGAGGAAUAUGCAGUAUAUAUAGUUGUGGCUACGAAGAGUAAGGUAGAGAUUAGAGAUCGAGAGAGAGAGAGAGAUGAGGAGAGGAGAUAGAGAGAGAUAGUAGAGAGAGAUAGAAGAGAGCGAGGUAAGAGAAGAAAUAGAAGAGAUAGAUAGAGAGAAAAGAGAGAAGAGAAGAAGAGAGAGAGAGAGAAGAGAAGAAGAGAGAGCCAGCUCCUUUCACCACUGUGGCUGUUUUUUUUCUCCUUCCCUCCUCUGUGAAAGGGGAAGGGACAGAAAUAUUUGAGAGCUUCCAACAAAGGAGAUUUGCAUAAGCCCGGCUCUGGGAGCAGAGCAGCUGUUAUGAAUGAGAAAGCAGCGUCACGUCGCUGGUAUUAAACGCAGCGGGCCCGGGCUGAUUAAAGGAGGGAAACGGGCCCAUCUGAGUGGCCCUCGAGCUAACAGGGGCCAUUAGCCGCCCAUUCCAGCCCUCCCCAGGAAGGAGAUGAUGUUUAGGAGGCUGUUUUGCGUGAGAGAGAGAGACACACAGAGGGCCUCGAUGGGCACUGCUCCAGGCCUGGAGGUCUCUUAAUGGGAGCCAAUUAAAAGGGCGGUUAAAUAAGUGAUCAAUUCAGGUUUAGGAGUUUGUGGGCUGGGGGAAUUUUGUUGUUUAUCUCAUUAGCCCUGGAGAGGGCAUCCUCCCUAAUUAGCUGCACAUGCCCGUAAAAGAUCAACAGUACUCAUUGUGUGUUUGUUUGGGCUGUCAGUCAAAUGUGAUGCCAUGGGGAAUGUUACUUUCAACCAGUAAUGCCUCUAUACGUAGUGGUUGUGUAUGAGGAACAGUCACUUUCUCUGUCCUGCAGUACUUCUAUAUGAUGCUCUGCUAUACAUAACCAACAGAUUGAAACAAAUAUGUGCCAACAUGGACAUGAAAAGUCAUCUUAUCUUCAUGUUGAAGUCCAGUGUGUUUAAAUGGACUUCCUGGGGGAAGGAUUUAGUUGAGCAUACCAGGCAAAGACCUCAAAGAGACUGUACUGUAUUUGUGGGCGUGUGGGUUCUCUCUCCUCCAGCGAAGGGGUUAUUUGAGUAGAGUGAUACUACAUCUGGUAUUCCUACCCCCAAGAACUCCAAGGACACAAGACACUUAAUUCCCCUGCCAACAUCUGACUGAAAUGUCAUGAAGUAGUUAUUUUGAACUAACUAGAGUACUUUGAGUCCAUUUGUUUUUCUUACACCUUAAGUCUGUAGGUAGGUAAACCACACUCCACAUACACUAUAUAUACAAAAGUAUGUGGACACCCCUUCAAAUUAGUGGAUUCGGCUAUUUCAGCCACACCCAUUGCUGACAGGUGUAUAAAAUCGAGCACACAGCCAUGCACUCUUCAUAGACAAACAUUGGCAGUAGAAUGGCCUUACUGAAGAGCUCAGGGACUUUCAACGUGACACCGUCAUAGGAUGCCACCUUUCCAACAAGUCAGUUCGUCAAAUUUCAACUGUAAGUGCUGUUAUUGUGAAGUGGAAACGUCUAGGAGCAACAACGGCUCAGCCGCAAAGUGGAAGGCAACACAAGCUCACAAAACGGGACCGCCGAGUGCUGAAGCACGUAGCACAUAAAAAUAGUCUGUCCUCAGUUGCAGCACUCACUAACGAGUUCCAAACUCUCUCUGGAGCAACGUCAGCACAAUAACUGAUUGUCUGGAGCUUCAUGAAAUGGGUUUCCAUGGACGAGCAGCCGUACACAAGCCUAAGAUUACCAUGCGCAAUGCCAACCGUCGGUUGGAGUGGUGUAAAGCUCACCGCCAUUGGGCUCUGGAGCAGUGGAAACGUGUUCUCUGGAGUGAUGAAUCACGCUUCACCAUCUGGCAGUCCGACGGACAAAUCUGGGUUUGGCAGAUGCCAGGAGAACGCUACCUGACCGAAUGCAUAGUGCCAACUGUAAUGUUUGGUGGAGUUGGAAUUAUGGUCUGGGGCUGUUUUUCAUGGUUCGGGCUAGGCCCCUGAGUUCCAGUGAAGGGAAAUCUUAACGCUACAGCAUACAAUGACAUUCUAAACGAUUCUGUGCUUCCAACUUUGUGGCAACAGUUUGGGGAAGGCCCUUUCCUGUUUAAGCAUGACGAUGCCCUCGUGCACAAAGCGAGGUCCAUACAGAAAUGGUUUGUCGAGAUCAGUGUGGAAGAACUUGACUGGCCUGCACAGAGCCCUGACCUCAACCCCAUCGAACACCUUUGGGAUUAAUUGGAACUCCGAUUGCGAGCCAGGCCUAAUAGCCCAACAUCAGUGCCCGACCUCACUAAUGCGCUUGUGGUUGAAUGGAAGCAAGUCCCCGCAGCAAUGUUCCGACAUCUAGUGGAAAGCCUUCCCCAAAAGAGUGUAGGCUGUUAUAGCAGCAAAGGGGGGACCAACUCCAUAUUAAUGCCCAUGAGUUUGGAAUGAGAUGUUCGAUGAGCAGGCGACCACAUACUUUUGGUCAUGUAGUGUAUGAGACUACUCUAAAUGCUUCUCAUAUUCCAAACAGAAACUGUCCCAGUUGACUGUCUAUUGUCUGUGUUUCUCCAGCGGUGCCGUCGGCUCCUCAGAAUGUUCUGUCUAUCGUGAACGAGACAUCUCUGAUGCUGGAGUGGCAGCCUCCUAGGGAGUCGGGGGGUCGUGAGGAUGUGGUCUUCAACAUCAUCUGUAAGAGCUGUGGAGGGGGCCGGGGAGGCUGCACACGAUGUGGGGACAACGUCCAGUUUGUACCCCGCCAGCUGGGUCUGACAGAGCCCCGUGUUUACAUCAGUGACCUGCUGGCCCACACACAGUACACCUUCGAAGUGCAGGCCGUCAAUGGGGUCUCCGAGCAGAGCCCCUACUCACCACAGUACUCCUCCGUUAACAUCACAACCAACCAGGCUGGUGAGUACACUCUUCCUUAUGCUCUCUCUGUCUCUCUCGCAGGCACACACGCACACACACCCACACACACUCUCACACACACACACACACAAUGACGCAGUUUCAUGUUCCUCUAGUGUGAUGUAAGUAUGCAGAUUUGUUCUAAAACAGGAGUGAGGGGAUUGUUGAUGAUGUCACAGCCAGGUUUUGAUGGCCUGUUGGUCCUCAGUGUGACCUCAUCAGGGCUCUCAGACAGAGUAGCUCAGCGUAGUGAGCACUACUCUCACUCCUGUCUCCCCUGA